AUGAUGCAGCAGGACGAGUCGAACUCUCCAGUCUCGCCCGCCGACGACAGCCUGAGCAACAGCGAGGAGGAGCCCGACCGGCAGCAGCAGCAGCUUCAGGGCGGCGGUAAGCGAGGGGGACGCAAGAGGAGAUCGAGCCGCAGGAGCGUCGCCGGGGCCGGCGCAGGAGGAGCCGGCGCGGGGAUCGGCUCUGCGGAGGAGCCGUGCAGCCCGGCGCAGGGCAAGCGGGGCAAGAAAUCCGGCGGCGGAGGCGGGGGCAGCGGCGGCGGCGGCGGCGGCAGCAGCAGCGGCGGGGGCAGCCCGCAGUCGUACGAGGAGCUCCAGACGCAGCGGGUGAUGGCCAACGUCCGGGAGCGGCAGCGCACGCAGUCGCUGAACGAAGCCUUCGCGGCGCUGCGCAAGAUCAUCCCGACCCUGCCGUCGGAUAAGCUGAGUAAGAUCCAGACGCUCAAGCUGGCCGCCCGCUACAUCGACUUCCUCUACCAGGUCCUGCAGAGCGACGAGCUCGACUCCAAGAUGGCCAGCUGCAGCUAUGUGGCCCACGAGCGCCUCAGCUACGCCUUCUCCGUCUGGCGCAUGGAGGGCGCCUGGUCCAUGUCCGCCUCCCACUAGCGUCCCGCGUCGCCUGGCUCGGCCGGAGGAGACCUAGAUGACAUUGUUCCCAAAGGAAGAGAGAAAAUGGACAAUCUAGAGACUCUGCACUUGGAUCCCCCACACACACUUUUUCCCUAAGACAAUAUAACGCCAAGGAUUUUCUUGGAAAUUUAGAAGCGUUCUUGGCUAAGGUUGCAAAGAGCAGGGUGUGGGGAGAACAUUUGAAGCGAGAGACCCAGGGGCCCCUCGGAUGGUGAGGUUGCUGAUCCAGAGAAAAGGCUGAAUGGCCUGCCAGACAUCUCUGCAUUCUGAUAGAAAUCUGAACCGGUUUAUUUUUAUUUUUCUAUUUUGACGAAGAAUGUUGGAAUUUAACCUUUUUUCCCCCCCUUACUUCCUUUUUCCCCCCUCAUUCUUGCAUGCAUGCAUUCCCAUGAGCCACUCAUGAAAGGAAAUACGUUACUGUGGACUCCCCCCACCCUUCGUUUCUGAACAGAUCUAAUGAUGACAAAAUCGAAAAUACCCAGUUUAGAAUGGGUGAGCAAGGAAAAUCUAUUUAAAAAGUGUUUAGGCUAGCAAAAUAUUAUUGGCUCAACCUCUUAUACACAAGCCUAUCUGGUAUUUCUUUCAUUUUUUGUUUUGUUUUGAUUUUAAUAAUUCUUCCUGAAAAAUGGAAGGGGGGGGAAAUGAAACAUUUUAUUUAUUUAUUGAUGACCCAUGUUAAAAUGCAAAUAGAUCCGGUGUCUAAAUGCAUUCCUAUUUUUAUGAUUGUUUUGUAAAUAUCAUUGUAUAUUUUUUCUGCAAUAAAUAAAUUGAAAUGUUAAAG